AAGAGUUGUACUCUAAUUCUAAUAGAGCAUAUUUCUCUUGUAAAACCCUAGGUAUCUCUUCCCAAAACCUUAAGCCUCUUCUAUGGAGUUCUGGGGUAUUGAAGUUAAGGCCGGACAGCCUAUUAAAGCCGACCCUGGUGCUGAUUAUGUCAUCCAUCUGUCCCAGGCAUCACUUGGUGAGUCAAAGAACAAGGCAGAAUCUGUUCCGCUCUACGUGAAUACUGAUGGGAAAAAACUUGUUCUUGGAACUCUUUCCCACCAGAAUUUCCCACAAUUAUCUUUUGAUCUAGUAUUUGACCAAGAGUUUGAGCUCUCUCACAACUGGAAGAAUGGGAGUGUCUAUUUCCUUGGUUAUAAAACUUAUGUGCCAGAGGAAGGUGAUGAUUUUGAUAUGUCUGGUGAUGAAGGAAGUAGUGAUGAGGAGGAGGAGCUUCCUCUUGUUACUGCUGAAAAUGGGAAAGCAAAGGCAGAUGCAAAAACAGCCAAGGCUAAUGCUUCGAAACCAGAGCCUUCUAAACCAGCUGUGAAGAUAGCAGAACCUAGCAAGAAAACUGAGGAGGAGGAUGAAGAUUCUGAAGAGGAGGAUGACGAUGAUUCCGAGGAAGAAGAUGACUCUGAUGAGAUAUCAGAGGAUGAUAUUUCAGAUGAGGAGGAUGAAGAAACACCAAAACAGGUUGAGUCAAGCAAGAAGAGGCCUGCCGAACCCGUAACCCCUGCUUCUUCAAAAAAGGCUAAAUCUGCUGUUACUCCUCAGAAGACAGAUUGUAAGAAGGGUGGUCACACAGCAACGCCGCACCCAGCAAAGCAUGCUGGGAAAAAUGCUGCAAAGACUCCAAAGUCUGGUGGUCAAUUCUCUUGUGGCUCUUGUAACAAGUAUUUUGGGUCCGAGGGUGGUUUAGAUUCUCACAAGAAGGCCAAGCAUGGAGGCAAAUGAGGUCGGGUUUAUGUGCUCUAACGUGCAUGUUUGAUUUUGGGGGGAGACAUCUUUUGUCUUAUUUUGGUAGACUUAGUUAAUGAGGGAUUUAAGGUUUAAGAAGACUUAUGCGUGGUGUUUUUCCUUGAUGAUUCGUAACUUUAGGUUAAUAUUAUGUUUUAGGUUGGUAUGUUGCUUCAUUCUUGUCUGAUUUGCUUUUACAUGGCUUGUCUUUGAAUUAUAA